AAUUUGAGAAUCAGCACUCUUGUUUAAAUUAAUAGAUGCAGUACCAUAAUCACCAACGGCAGAAGCAUGAUCAGAUGAUGUCUGUUCACAGACUUCUCCACGAUUAAAAUUAAUCGAUUUUAAAUUAGAAGUCAUUAAGACUUAAAAUUCACAACAAGAGAAAUCUGAAGAAAAAAAUUUCUCGUGAAAGCACGUAAACACGUGACUGUAAGGAGGAGAAGAAAGAAUAAACAAAUAUAAUGUAAAGAAAGAGAAAAGAUGCGACUUAUCUGUAGCCUGUAUAAGUGAAGGAUUAUUUUUAUGGAUUCGUACACAACUAUUGAAUUAUAAUGUUUUUAUUCCUGAUGAAGAUGAAUAUGAUGACAUUGAUAGUGAACUAAAUCAUAUAAUUCAAAGUAUCAAAUAUCAACUAUAUGCUACUCGAUUAUAUGUUCUCCUUCUCGUCAUAACUCUUUAUAUUCUUUUCUUUGUAACUUUGACUAACCAACAAACACGUUUGAAUACUGUUUCAAAUGUAAAUCCAACUCUUUUUGAUAAACUUCGUGCUGAUUAUGAUGAAACACUUUCAUGUCCAUGUUCAACAAAUCUUAUACCAUAUGAUACUUUUGUUUCCAACACAAUUACAUUUCAUUCUAUAUGUUCGAGUUAUUUUGUUAGUAGAGAAUGGAUUGAUUUUCUCUAUUUAUCAGAUGCAUUCAAAUAUUUUAUGAUGGAUUUUCGAGCAACUGCCAGUUAUCAGUUUCAACUUCUCGCUGCACUUUGCUUAUUCUCUAUGCAGACAAUAUCGCAAACAAAAACCAAUAUUGCAAGUGAACAAUUCUUUUCGGUUGAACUUCUUUCCAAACAAGAAGUUCAAGUUAAAAUUCAGACAAAUAUAGACCUCAUCCGUAGCGGAAUACUUGCUCAAGUUAAUUUACAUUUUGAUUUUCUUCAAAUUUUUGCUCGAUCAAAUUCUUUUAUCACAGCGCUCAAUACCAAUACUUUCAUUAUCGAUUGGCGCACAAUUAGUGACGUCGCUACAAUAAAAGAUGUAUUACAAAUAAUAUUUGUGAGAUACAUUGACCUAGAUGCUUCUAGCUCAUCUGGUCUUGUUUCAACAUGUGAUCUUAUCAAUGGGAUAGUUGUUCCAUCUGGAUUUCUUUCGUUUGCAGCAGAAAAUGGUCUUUACGAUAUCACCUAUCGACAGUAUUGGCCUUCAUAUCCACCUGAUUUUGAACCAGAUAUAUCUGCAUUAGUUGACGGAUUCUUCAGUGGAUGUACACCACUUGAUGGUAUUUUACAAAGCACAUUUGAUUGUCUUUAUAAUCUAACUUGCCUACAAGUUCUUGCUGAUUAUUUUCCCGAUCUGUAUCAAAUAGAUUUCCAUUCAAUCAGUUUAAAUUCAUCCUUAAAUCAAACACAUAUUCCAUUGAGUGAACAUUUUAGAAAUCUUUUCGUUGAACAAUGGUCAACAGACAUUAAUUAUUCGAAAUAUUUUACGGCGUGUGCUUCGAAAUCUUGUACUUACACUCAAAUUAUUCAAAUAAAUUAUUCGUACACAAUUACACUUUUUAUUAGUCUAUAUGGUGGUCUUACUAUUCUGCUUCGUACACUGUCGUCUGGCUCAAUUAAGAUUUCAAUCAAAUGCGGAUGUCGUUCAGACCAUCCAAGAGCCAAAAGCGUAUCUGUCACAAUGCUUUUACAACGAUUUGGAACUUGGCUGAAACAGUUAAAUCUAUUUAAAUCAACAAAGAAUCGAACGCCAACGGAUAUACAAUAUCAAGAAUUCAGUACACGUGUUUAUUUAAUUUUACUUGCAAGUUCGAUUGUUAUUUAUACGAUGUUUACUUCGCUUAGUACUCACUUGGUAAUCGAAACUGAAUCAUAUCCAUCGUUUGCUAAAUAUAAUGAAUUAUGGAAAUCAUAUUCGAGUACGUUGAAAUGUCCUUGUUCGGACAUCUCAGUACCUUACUCAAAUAUCACAUCAAUAACUCCACAUAUUCAUCAAAUUUGUUCAAGUAUCUUCGUUAGUGAAAUGUGGAUUUCAUUAACGCGAACAAUAUCUCGUUCUUCAUGGUUUGGUUUAGAUGCUCGACAUUUUCGACUAUUGUCUAGUAUAUGUAAUCUCAUUAAUCGAACAACUGACGAUGCUCUACGUCGAUUCAAUGCUCAAUUUUUUGUUACUUCUAAUGUUAUUAGUGAAGUUGAAUUCAAUGCUCAACUGAACAUUAUCGUCAAUCAACUCAUUGAAUCAUUAGUCAUCAAUUUUGGUCUUCUCAUCAAUUUUACACGACUUUUCACGCAAAUUGAUGAACCUUUCACUAGUCAAAACUACAAUAAUUUACAAUCAUUCGACAUAGCCUUACACGGUACAAAUCAGAAUAUAAUUGAUCAAUUACCACCGAAAUUGACAUUCCGGUUGACAGGUAUCAUCGAUUACAAUGGAACAUCUACAGAUUGUAUCUGUGCUCUCGACACUCAUUGUCAAUAUGCAGUUACAUUUUAUGAUUGGCAGGAUUUCUUCAUGACCGAGCCUUACGUUGUACCUGGCAUGACGGUAGGGUGUUUCGUGUUUGACACACUCAAACUUUCGACACUCGAAUGUUUUUAUUCAAAUCUUUGUUUAUCUUUGUUUUAUUAUUAUAUUAAUCAAACAAUGUUGAAAUCAGAUACAGGAGUUGAAUGGUUCCGAGUUCAUCCUUUAAUUUAUGAUCAAGAUUCGACUCAAUUUGCUCCCGAGACUUCACUCGAAUUUAUAUUUAACGAAAUGAUGAUGGAACCAUGGAAUAUAUCUUUAUCUUUUAAAAAAUAUUAUGCAAAAUGUGCACCUAUCUAUUGCACAUAUUCUCAGAUUGCUUCUACGAAAAGUUUGAUGACGAUGAUAAUAGCGUUCAUAUCUUUAAUCAGUGGUCUUACGGCUGCAUUACACGUUAUCACACCUCAACUUGUCAAAGCGAUCUUCUUUUUUUUCUUAAUUCAGCCACAUAUCGAAGAGCAGAGACAACGUACUCAAUCAAGUUUUCGUCAAAAAUUAAUAACAAUAUGGCGAAAAUUGGUUAUGUUUUUAUUCACAAAAAUAUUUAGUAUGAACAUAUUUCCUCCGCGACGUUUCCCAGGUGACAUCGAUGCAGCCAAACGAAAAUAUUUAGGUCAAUACGCAACUCGGCUCUAUAUUGUUCUUCUGAUCUUUGGUCUCUCAAUACUAACCAUCUAUGCCGCUGUGGAUCCUCAAAUUCUGACAAAAACAUUUUCUAAGCCGUCACUCAGUGACUAUCGCCGUCUCAUACGUGAUCAUAACGAUACACUUCAAUGUCCAUGUUCGACAAUUUCAUCAAUAUUACAUCAAUAUGUGUCAAUAAAACCAGUUUUUCAUCAGGUUUGUUCGAGUGCAUUUGUUUCGAGUGAAUGGAGAGCAAAAAUUCUAGCCGGCUUCAAUCCUAAUCUGUUGGUAUAUGACAAACACGAUUAUCGUCGGUUUCUUUUCGCACAUUUUCAAUUUCUUUAUGGUUUGUGUGAUAUUUCUGCGCGUUCAGUCAAUGAAACGAUUGAUACAUUUCUCUCUUCGUCGUUUAUCACAUCCCAACUGCGAUCGGAAUCAGAUCUCAGUACAUAUAUUAAUUUACUGCUUGAACAAAGUAAAUCCCAAGCUCCCCAGACACUCACUCGCCUACUUUUCCUACUUCUAUCCAUCAAUCGUGGCAAUGCAUUUAUAUCAACAUAUGGAUCUAACUAUCAAUAUUUAAUUCCUCCAUUCAAUGGAACUACAAUAUAUGGUACGUGGAGUGUGGCAUACACCAUUCCCAUCAAAUAUGACAAUAACUGUUCGUGCGCAUUUAAUACGAAUUGCACAACUACAGCCAAGUUUUUUAACAACAAUUCGUCAGAAAUGAUAUCGGUUGAAGGUUUUAGAAUGGGUUGCACACCAUCAGAAUCUUUUUUUGCGUCGAAUCUUCAAUGUUUAUAUAAUUUAUCAUGCAUCAAUCUCAUUCAACAACAAAUUAACUGCACAAAUGCGACAACUAUGGAUGCACUUAAUUCAACAGAUCAAAGUCGAUUUUUUAUGAAUAUAACCAUACAAGACUUUUUCAAUGAUCUUUUCAUUGAAAAUUGGUCAACGGUCAUCAACUACUCAGUAUAUUUUGAUCGUUGUGCACCUGCAUUUUGUUCCUAUACUUACAUUGAACAGGCUAAUUCACUGCAUACAAUAACCUUUUUACUGGGACUUUAUGGUGGACUCAAUGUUGUUCUCAAAUGGAUAUGUCCCACAGUAAUUUAUGUGAUAUUUCAAGCGUAUCAGCAUCGAAAGAAACGAUCAAAUAUCGUCAUGGCGACCAGUGAUACAUGUGAUGGAACAAAUAUUUCAAUCAAUUUAUCCAAUGACAAUGUUCAGACAGAGUCCAGAAUUCCCUUAACGCUGUUACGAUUCCUGUUCUUUGGUAUUUUAUUGUUCCUGUUUGUUGGUUUAGGUUUUCUUGGACCAAUUAUUUAUCUUCAUGGAAAAGAAGACCAUCAAGCUUAUCGACAAAACACGAUCAGCACUAUAAUGACUGAUGUGCCGACACCCUCAAUGUCAGGUGUCAUCUCAUCAGCUCCAACUUGUCAGUUAACGUUUCAACCUGCAAAAUCAUAUUUUAUGGGCUCUGAUGCAUAUCCAACGGGAAUUGCAGUCGGGAAUUUGAACGAUGAUGCAUAUCAAGAUCUUGCUGUCGCUAACUUCCAUGCCAAUAAUAUACGUAUCUUAUUUGGUGAUAGUAAUGGAACUUUACAAUCACAAAUGACAUUAUUCACUGGACCAGGUAGCAGUCCACGCUCAAUUAUUCUUAGUGACUUCAACUACGAUGGACACCUAGAUAUUGCUACAGCGUUUACGGACAAUAGUAGUGUAGGCGUAUUCCUUAACUUGGGCAAUGGAAGCUUCGGAGAGCAAAUGAUAGUCUCGACUGCACCUUACUGUCAUCCGUUUUUACUUCUAGGUGAAGAUUUGAAUAAAGAUGGCAAACAAGAUCUGAUUACUAUCGGUUACAGCAUGGAAAAUAUGGUUAUCCUCUUUGGUAACGGUGAUGGUACUUUUUCACUAAAAUGGUUGCCACUUAGUAAUAUUGAACAAAUAGUUGCUGGUGACUUUAACAACGAUGGCAUAUUAGAUCUUGCUGGACUUUAUAGUUACUGUUAUGGUGCAUUUGUAAUAUUCGAUAGAAAUGAUGGAUCUUUCAGGAAUUCGCAGAUGUUGCCAGUAGGACAGUAUAGUUGUCCUACCUCAAUUGCUGUGGGCGACUUUAAUCAUGAUGAUUACUUAGAUUUGGCUAUUGCAGCUGAAACCACAAAUAUUAUCAGUAUUCAUCUUGGCAAUAGUAACGGAACUUUUCAAAACCCCACGACAUAUGGAACUGGAAGCUUUGGUGGUCCUUGUUGGAUCAAUCUCGGUGACUUUAAUAAUGAUUAUCAAUUAGAUAUUGUUGUUACAAACUUCCGUAAACAUAAUGUUGGAAUAUUCACAGGUAUUGGUAAUGGAACUUUCUUACAGCGUGUGACAUUCUCAUUAACAAAACAUGGUAGUUCUUGCUGGUUUGAUACAGGCGAUUUCGAUAAUGAUGGCAAACGAGACAUUGCUAUUACCGAUACUUCCAAUAGUACAGUAAUAAUCUUACUUAAUUCAUGUGAUUGCUGCUGA